CGUCCAGCUACGCACCGGCGGCCGGCCUACUCACGCACAGGACUGCCGGCAGCCGCUCGCCUCGCGCCCUCGCCGGCCCCUAUCGCCACCGCGACAGUGUGCAGUCCGCAGCAGGCUGGCGUGCCCAGCCGCGCAGUUCGCUCAGGCCGUCAGCCGCCCCGAUUUGUCCGGAGACCGGAGGCAGUUGUUUUUUUUAGGUGUACCAUCCUAGAUCCGCCACUGUCUCAUACCAAAGACAUUCGGGAGCAAACUCCACUGGAUUCUGAUCGAGCAGAGCCACAUGGAGAUGAACCUGCUGAGAAGCCGUACCUUCUCUCCGCUCCCAUCGACACCCCGGCCGGCCUCCUCCCAGCGCCGCCGCCGCCGGCUUCCCUCCAUAACAUUCCUCCCGCCGCAGCCUCGUCUGCCAAGCCGAGGGGACAGGGUGUGCAGCAGGGCAAUGCAGCAGCGGCAGGAGUGGGUGGGGGACUGGGUCCGGAGCAACGACACGCUUGUCCGCGCCCUCCCCAUCCUCGUCGGCGGCGCGUCACUCCUCGCCGUCCUCCUCAACCGUGCCGUUUCCGGCAUCGCCGCCGUCUCCGACGCCUCCAGUUCGCAGUCGAGGGCCGACAUACUCACCUUGGCGCUCUCUGUAACUGAUAUCCUUGCCGGCCUUGUUUGGCUGUCAAUCCGCCCAAAAACCAUUUCUCCGGUCGCUCCUCGUGGCGUCGAUUGUAAGCGAGUAGAUGAGGAUGUAUCAAGUUCUGCUCUUCGUGAACUACUUUGGACAUGGGAUUCCUUGACGGCUGCAACUUGUUGCAAAUCAUUGGUCGUUGUGUAUGGAGGUAAUUGCAAACUUCAAGUUGGGGUUGCUGCUGCCUCUCCAGAAGAUGGUAAUGCUGUUAAUGUGGAUGCGCAGAAGUUCAUGCAAGGUUCCCUUUACAAGAGUGCCAUGGAAUCCAAGAAGCAAUCUUAUCUAGCAAAUCUUGCUUUAUAUCCUGGAAGAACUGAGCUGCCAUUUCUACCAACUAACACGCAGGCCCUAAUAUUGCAGCCAAUUGGCGAUGAAGGAAUUGCAGUUAUUGGUGGUGACACUAUAAGGGGGUUCACUAAUCUUGAUCAGGCAUGGAUUGCUAUGAUUGCAGACAAGUUGGAUGCUACAUUGUCAAAGCCUUAAGGUUGCAUUGUUUGUUGGAUAUUCAAUUAAUUGCCAUUUUACUCUGAAGUGGUUAUGCAAUCUUUACCUGAUCCCAGAAUUCAUCAAGGUGAUGUACAGGGCCUGGUAUUGGCAAAAUUUUGAGUGAUUUGAUGGGAUGGCUAAGUUUGACAAAAAUUAUGGGAUUGUAAUAUGCCCAAUGGCAAAUAAGGCGCAUGAUCAUCCUAUCCUUUUAAAAGUUUCUGCAGUGAAUUGUUAAUGAGGAGCACAUGCCUCAUUUACAGUUCAUUACCCUGCUUUUCAAUCUGCCAGUUAACUCGGUGGUCUUUCGCAAAGCUUCUUCCUCUUUGGAGGCCACGAUGAAGUGCUGCAGGGACGACGCCGUGCUUGAGGUAGGUUUAGAGAUGAGGACAAGCGGCAUGUUGAUGUUUGGCUCAGUAAACUUGUUGUCUGAGGGGUGAUAUAGCUAGCCCGCCCCCUCCUGUAAAAACUGCUCUUUGGUUACUCUUGGGUUUUAAGCAAUAAGAAGAGAUUCAGGUGGGUAAGUCA